UGGUCUUCAAUCUACUACUGGGAACAGAUGGCAGAACCAAAGUUGCCGUGUAUUAAUAGAACAUAGUUUUAGAGGCGCAUUGUGCUUGCAUUGUAAAUAGCUGCUGUGAUGAUUGUACAAAAGCAAUGCAGUUUAUAUGUAUGGUCAGCCAGUCAAUCUGACUCGGUCGCUCCAUCCUUGCACUCGUACAGCUGUCAAAGUUUAAUAAUUGGCACAGGCUUGAUGCUUUCGCUUUGGCAAAGUACACAGUUUGUGGAUCAAUCACUUGCCCAAGCUCGAGUGUAUGCACAGGGCUAGAGUGUGUUGUCGAUAAGGGCCUAUGCUUCAGGGCUUAAGGGUUGGAGGCUAUUCAAUACAGCAAUGGAGCAUAUAAAAUGGAUGCAUAUCCAAUAUUCAUUGAGCUGUCUAAACUGAUACAUGAAACUCUCUAUAGCGGUUAUCUUCUCAUUUGUAAUAGGACUGGUGCUGGCCCAGGCACCACCAAACACCCUAUUUGAAAAACUAAUAGUAAUCUCAGGCAAAAUAUCAAAAGUAGUAUCAACUAGAGCAUCAAAAGUAUCAAAAAAAUUAUCAACCCAAGUAAAAAAAGUAUCAGGCCGACUAUCAACAGUAUCAGGAAAACUAUCAACUCGAGUGAAAAAAGUAUCGGAUCGACUAUUAGAAUCUUUAGGUAAACUGCACGAUAAAGAUGAGAUACCUCAGCAUAAGGAAAAAGGCGCCUAUCGCAAGUCUAAUGAAAAAGGAUGGCAGCACAACGCAAUAGAAGUCUUGAAUGCGGAUCUAGAAACACUCAAAGUUAAAAUAACUAAAAAGAAAGCAGACAUAAAACAACUUGAAAAGGAAAUAAAAGAACUGUUGCUUAUGAUUGAAGAUCUCAAUCAAAACAUCCAGAAACCUGUUAAACAUCGUAGCAGUGUUCCUCGCGCCAUGGCUGCUAAACUGGAUUUAUAUCAAAGCGAUAUGGGUGAAUGCCAAAAAGCUCUUGAUGUCAUGAACAAUGAAUUGGCAAGUCUGUACACUCUGUGGCAUCGUAUUACCAAGGAAAUCAAAGCUAUCCAGAAUGGUAUGCAUCGAAUUAGUAUGGUAGAAGACUAAUCCAUUGUGGUACUAUUGAUUCUUGUUUAUUUGAAAUAAAUCAGUUUUAUUC